GUGACCACAGACAGCUGACUGGGUCUAACUGGUUUAUAUCGACUCACUUCCCUGAAAGCUGCUGCUCAGAUGAGAAAAUGGCUCAGAAAGGAGCUCAACUUUCUUCAGAGAAUAUUUCUUGUUCCAUCUGUCUGGAUCCACUGAAGGAUCCGGUGACUCUUUCCUGUGGACACAGCUACUGCAUGGUCUGUAUUAAAGCCCACUGGGAUGGAGAGGACCAGAGCAGAAUCUACAGCUGCCCUCAGUGCAGGAAGACCUUCACACCGAGGCCUAACCUGGAGAAAAACGUCCUGUUGGCAGAGUUAGUGGAGCAGCUGAAGAAGACCGGACUCCAAGCUGCUGCUGCUGAUCACUGCUAUGCUGGAGCUGAAGAUGUGUCCUGUGAUUUCUGCACUGGGAGGAAGAUGAAGGCUGUCAAGUCCUGUUUAGUCUGUCUGGCCUCCUACUGUAGGAAUCACCUUCAGCCUCACUAUGAGUCUCCAGCGUUUAAGAAGCACCAUCUGGUGGAACCCUCCAAGAACCUCCAGGAGAACAUCUGCUCUCUUCAUGACAAGGCGAUGGAGAUUUUCUGUCGUACUGAUCAAGAGUUGAUCUGUUAUCUCUGCUCUGUGGAUGAUCAUAAAGGUCACGACACGGUUUCAGCUGCAGCAGAAAGGAAGCAGAAGCAGAAGAAACUCCAGAGGAGUCGACUAAACAUCCAGCAGAGAAUCCAGAGCAGAGAAGAAGAUGUGAAGCUGCUCCAACAGCAGGUGAAGAACAUCAACGUCUCUGCUGACAAAACAGUGGAGGACAAUGAGAAAAUGUUCACAGAGACGAUCCAACUCAUCCAGAAAAGAAGCCGAGAUGUGGAGCAGCAGAUCAGAUCCAUGCAGGAGACUGAAGUGAGUCGAGUCAAAGAUCUUCAGGAGAAGCUGAAGCAGGAGAUCACUGAUCUGAAGAGGAAAGAUGCUGAGCUGAAGCAGAUCUUAGAUACACGAGAUAACAGCCAGUUUCUCCUCAACUACCCCUCAGAGUCAGAAGUCGGUGUGUCCACACACCCAUCCAGCAUCAACACCAGCAUUCAAGAGGACUUUAAGGACAUGACAGCAGCUGUGAAAAAGCUCAGAGAUCAUCUACAGGACGUUCUGAGGGGCACUUGCACAAACACCUCACCGACAGUCCCUCAACCAGAUGUUCUUCUGCCACAGCCAGAACCAGAACCAAAGACCAGAUCUGAACUCUUACAAUAUUUACGACAAAUCACUCUGGAUCCAAACACAGCACACAAAUGUCUGUUAUUAUCUGAAGGAAACAGCAAAGUAACAUUAACAUAUCAACGUCAGUAUUAUCCUGAUCAUCCGAACACAUUCAUCGACUGUUAUCAGGUCCUGAGCAGAGAGAGUCUGACUGGACGUUGUUACUGGGAGGUGGAGUGGAGAGGAGGAUUCAUAGCAGCAGUUUCAUACAAGAAUAUCAGCAGAAGUGGGAGCCUGAAUGACUGUGGCUUUGGGUACAAUGACAAAUCUUGGUCUGUCCAAUGUGACACCCACGGUUAUUCAUUUCACUACAACAGCCAUAGAACUCGUCUCUCAGGUCCUCCUUCCUCCAGAGUUGGAGUUUAUCUGGAUCACAGUGCAGGUAUUCUGUCUUUCUACAGCGUCUCUGAAACCGUGACUCUCCUCCACAGAGUCCAGACCACAUUCAGUCAGCCGCUACAUGCUGGAGUUCGACUUUACACUCGUGGCUCCACUGUAAAGUUCAUUAAACUCACAUAGGCUGAAGUCCU